AUGGAAAUGCUAAUCCUGCCUCUAAAGUCUAGUGCUGCCUCAGCCCCACCAAAAUCCAGAAGGAAGAUACUCUUUAGCAGUAUGAUCAGAGGGUGCGAUCUGUUUUCAUCUCCCUUUCUGUUUAUCUAAUGACCCCCAACAUUGACUUCUCUUCUCUUGGUAGGCAUGUAGGAUCUGGUUCUGAUGGUCCUUGAUUGCUCUGUGCUAGUCAUUCUAUCGAAGAGGAACAUAAACAGAAACUGCAUGGGCAAAAUUCAGAGCAGCAGAGGGCAGCAUGGCAGCAGACUGAGUAUCCAUGGAAUCUGGUGGUCCCUGAACGGCUUCAUCAGUUUCACCACACAUUAACUGUGUGUGGAUGGCUGUGGCUUCUCAGUACAAUUGCAGGUUCCCAACAAUGUGCAAACAGUGAAAUGUGUAUAUACGAAAGGUCAGCAUGAAGUUUAGGUGUUGGUUAAUGGGGGGGCGGGGGAACCAUGUAGGGAAAACAUACUGUGCUUAGUAUGGUACAGAGAUUUUCUAUAUUAUUUUUUUCAUAACAAUAAUAAUUAAUUGUGUUGUGAAUCACCUUUCCUCCAACAGAGCCCAGAGUGAUGCACAACAAAGGAUAAACAACAGAAAUACAUCAAUGAUGAAAACAAAUACAGAGCUAAAAGCAGUCAACUGA